AUGGAGGUCUACGAAGCGCUCCGAGAGCAAACAGCUUAUGACGCACAGUUCACCAUACGCGCUCUGGGGAUUCAGCUUCUAGUCAACCUUGUCGUCUCCAUCUUUGUACUUGGCUGUGUCAGCUGGUUACGUCCUCGUCAUUAUCUCGCUUCCCCUGCAACAAAGUCAUCUAUCACCACCGACACUGGAAAAACCAAUAGUGAGCUAGGAUGGUUUGACUGGAUAAAACAGCUUGCUCGAGUUUCAGAUGACUUUCUUAUCGAUCGAAUCGGCUUUGAUGCAGUCAUGUUUCUACGAUUUAUGCGUACGCUGCGUAAUUUAUUGAUCAUCAUGACCAUUGUGGCAGUAGCCAUCUUGAUGCCACUCAAUGUCCUUGCAACGCAACACACCGGAGAUUGGCCACCCAUUGCGUUCGACAUUGGUUUUCUUUCAAUAUCCAGCAUAAACCUUGUUGCCGGCAAAGAGCCAUUGAAUCCUCAGGAUAAUUGGUAUUGGCCACCCGUAGUUGCCACAUGGCUAUUUACCAUCUUGAUUCUCGUGUUCCUGCAUCGGGCAUCCAACGACUAUCUCAUCAUGCGUAAACAGUUUUACAGCGCUCCCGCCUACAAUUUAUCUUCUCGAUCCAUCCUCAUCUCCAACAUUCCCAAAAACAUUCGCUCGAGCGAGGAACUCAAGACAUGGCUUGAAUCCACAUGCAACAUUCAUUACCCAAUUCAGCAAAUACAUAUCGGCCAAGAUAAUCCGAAACUCAUGUCCCUUGUUCGGAAAUACAAAAAAGCUGUAUGUCGUCUUGAAGAUGCAUUGGCAGCUUAUGCACGAGAUGCUUCGGGACGACGGCCUAUUGUUCGGACCAUCAAAAGCUGGUUGAGUUGUUUUCCCGGGUCCAGCGGGAAGAAGAAGCAAUUGGAAACCAUUGACCAUUACACCAAACAAGUCAGUGACCUGUAUCACGCCAUACGCCAUCUCCCUGCCAACAAGAAUAUCAAUACAACGGAUUAUGGAUGGGUCACGUUUUCAUCUACUGCAUGGGCCCAGAGUGCUUUGCAGUCACUCAACAAACGAAAGGUCGCACAUGCCACUGCACAGGUUUCACCACCAGCCAACGACUUGAUUUGGUCAAACAUGUCCAUUAGCCGAGAAAAGCGGGUCCGAAAGCUGUGGAUCGGGAGAGCAUUUUUUACCGCGUUUACAGUGGCGUGGACAUUACCAGUGGCUGCCCUUGCCAUGAUAUCCAAUAUUGUCAACAUGAUACGAAUGUAUCCUGAAUCAAAGGCAUACAUUGACAAAUAUUGGUUCAUUUUGGGUCUUGUGGAAGCAUACAUAGCACCUUGUACAAUGGCAAUUCUUUUCUUUGCACUCCCUCGAUUCUUUCGGCGCCUCGUCAACAGCCAAGGAUACUUGACACGUAGCCAUGCCGACCAAAAGGUGCUAAUCAUGCUUUAUACAUUUUUCAUUGCCAACCAUUUGGUGGUGUUUACAAUUACAUCCGUUUUCCUCGGCAUCUAUGGUCAGCUUCGACAACUUGUCUUGGAUGGUGUUCUAGCAGAUGAAAUCAUUUCCGAGUAUGUUGCACAGCUUGCAAAAAACAUUGCAGACUUUUCAUGCUUCUGGAUCAAUGUUGUCUGUGUCAAGGCGUUUGGCGUAUCACUUGAAGUGGUGCAGGUGAUACCGGUGGUUAUGAUUCGAUUACGACGUUUGUUUAUCCGAUCGACUCCACGCCGGCUCAAGAAGUUGUUGUCACCACCCAACUUUGAAUUUGCACAAAACUACAACAUUGUGCUCUUCUUUUUCACAAUUGCUCUCAUGUACUCAACCACGUCACCGUUGGUGUUGCCAUUUGCAUUGAUCUAUUUCUCGGCAGCUUCUUUUGUGUACAAGUAUAUGCUCAUGUACAUUUACGUCACCAAAGUGGAGACCGGUGGUAGCAUAUGGCCUGCCGUAUACCAUUCGACCAUGUUCUCCACCGUGAUCUUUCAAUUGGUGAGCGCCAUUCUCAUCAUACUUAAAGGUGGUUUCGAGCAAGGCUGCGUCAUAUUGCCUCUACCAGUGUUGACGCUCAUUUAUCAAUUCUUUUAUACACGCCGUCUCAACCGCAUCACAACAUCGAUUGUAGCAACCAUGAUUACGCAUCAUGCACACCAUAAUGGCAACCCAACGUGGACAUUGGAAUAUCAAUAUUGUGACCCUAGGCUACAGGACACUCAUCUCAUGCCUAUCAUUCACAGCAACAUGCGAUCCUUACUGGGUCAGAUAUACCCAAAGUACAAGCAAGGGCAGGUUCCUCUCAAUAACACAUCCGAUAUCACUACCACCACCACAGCCACUGCAGCUGCAGCCGAUGAUGCCAUUAGCGCUGUUGCGCAACCAAGUAUCCAUUCAACAAACGACAUUUGCCCUAUCAACCCCAAUUACAAUGAUGAUCAGCAUAUCACCUUAUACAACCCAACGGACAAUCGCUCUGUCAUGUUCCAAACGGUAUCGGAUGCUUUUUAUUUACAUAUGGCUGGUGAUCAUUUUAACAAUAACAACGCAUCAUGUACGUGUUGUGGACUCACGGCGGCGGCGGCAGCAACAACAACAACAACAAUGCCACAUGAUGAGAAAUCAAAUGCAGCAGUAGAUGCACCCUCGCAUCAUGCCAAUGAUUCAGAUUUCCGAGAACCAUCAGCACCUCCUGUAGAGGUGUUAUUUUCACCUCCUUCAUCAAGUUCAAAAGCAGACAUGAUAUCCACAGCACAACAACACCAUCAUGUGCCAUGCACCGAAGUAUCCGAGUUGGAUUGGAAUAGGCACGUGAUGACAGCACAACAACACCAACAUCCAGCAGCACCACGACUCUCAAUUGGAUCCGAGUUGCCCACCUAUAGGGAUGCCAUGCUGGAUCGUCCAGUGAUUGUAGUGUCCCCAGCAUCACCAUCACAUACACAGCAGCAGCAACAACAACACCAACAAAUCCACAUGCAUCAUGUACAGGCAAUACCACGUCGUCGUCAUUCUGAUCCAGCUGCUUACAACAACAACCCACCACCAAAUGAUGGAUGA